AAAUAAAUGUUAUGUUGGCAAUUGCCAGCUGUGUGUGUGUUUGACAGAAAAGAAAAGAAGAUUACCGAGAAGUACAUACCUACUCAAACCUGAACAUUGUUGCUGUUGCUUGUCUGUGUCAGUUCCCAGAUGUGAUCCACGAUGUCCGAGAGUUACGAUUACUUAUUUAAGUUCCUGGUGAUUGGAUCAGCGGGCACGGGAAAGUCAUGUCUGCUUCAUCAAUUUAUCGAGUCUAAAUUUAAGGAGGACUCAUCACACACAAUCGGCGUCGAAUUUGGUUCCAAGGUUGUGCCGGUGUCCGGAAAGCAAGUGAAACUGCAGAUAUGGGACACCGCUGGUCAAGAGCGGUUCAAGUCUGUAACUCGUUCGUAUUAUCGAGGUGCUGCUGGAGCACUCCUGGUGUAUGAUGUGACUCGGAGAGAUUCCUUCAACGCCCUCGCUAACUGGCUAGCAGACGCUAGAUCACUUGCCUCCCCAAACAUUGUGGUCCUGUUGGUAGGCAAUAAGAGUGACCUUGAAUCCCAGCGAGAAGUCACUUUCCUAGAGGCUAGCAGAUUCGCACAAGAAAAUGAACUUAUGUUCUUGGAGACGUCAGCAAAGAGCGGUCAAAACGUGGUUGAGGCGUUCUCAAAGUGCGCUAAGGCAAUUGUGACAAAAAUCGAGUCUGGCGAGCUUGAUCCUGAUCGCAUCGGAUCAGGUAUUCAGUAUGGAAACUUAAAGCCUACAAGAAAUUCGGCCUCUGCGGCCACCGGCCGUUCCUGUCCUUGCAAGGUGUGAGAGGAAAUGUUCAAAUUCAUUAUAUAAAUCAUUAAUACAAAUUAAUUUUAUCACAAAUGUCUAGAAAUUGUGUAUUUGUUACUUCAUUUAUAUAUUUUGAAUAUGAGUAUAAAUUUAAAGAGCUAAAAUAAAUUAACUAUUUACGUAAGGUUAAA